AUGCAACAGAAGAAGAAGAAGAGAAAAAUGGACGAUAGAGGAAGCUCAUUUGUUGCUGUGAGAAGAAUUCCUCAAGGAGAAACCUGCCAUUCAGAUUCUGCUGAGGUUGUGGCAGGGUCAGCAGCAUGGCUUGGUCGAGGUCUGUCUUGUGUCUGUGUACAAAGAAGAGAUAGUGAUGCUUCUAACUCUUUCGAUUUAACCCUAGCCCAGGAGGAGUGCUUGCAGAGGCUACAAAGACGUAUAGAUGUUCCAUAUGAUAGUUCUAUAAUUGAACACCAGGAUGCCCUUAGGGCUUUGUGGAAUGCUGCAUUUCCUGAAGAAGAACUUCAUGGCUUGAUAUCUGAGCAAUGGAAGGAAAUGGGCUGGCAAGGGAAAGAUCCAUCAACAGAUUUUAGGGGUGGUGGUUUUAUAUCAUUGGAAAAUUUUCUUUUCUUCGCUAGGAAUUUUCCGAAAUCCUUCCAGGAUCUCUUAAGAAAGCAGGAAGGAGAUCGAUCAGUGUGGGAAUAUCCAUUUGCAGUUGCUGGUGUUAAUAUCACUUACAUGCUGAUACAAAUGCUGGAUCUUGAAGCGGUCAAGCCACGCAAUCUGGUUGGAGCAACAUUUCUAAAAUUUCUUGCAGAAAAUGAGUCAGCUUUUGAUCUUCUGUAUUGCAUAACUUUCAAGCUAAUGGAUCAUCAAUGGCUUUCUAUGCGGGCAUCAUACAUGGAUUUUAAUGCAGUGAUGAAAGCAACACGACGUCAGCUAGAGAAAGAGAUCCUCGUUGAAGACAUAACACGGCUUGAAGAUUUACCCUCAUACAAAUUACUUUCCCGAUAG